GGAGGCAUGAAGACUGGAAAUGAUAAGCGAGAUACACCGCCGGUGGAUAUACGGAAGAAAACAGGGGAGUUAUUCUGCUAUGCUGGGCUCUAGUCAGAAUGGUUGAGUGUCAGACCUACGUGAAGCUCAGUGAGGAGAAACUCAUACCAAAGACUGAUAUAUUGUCACUGCUCAGAACCUACAACUGUUACCAUGAAGGAAAAAACUUCCAGCUGAGGACUCAUGAGGAAGAUGGAGAACUCAUUCUUGAGGGGUUGCUGAACAUCUACUGGGGUCUUCGUCGACCAAUUAGACUUCAAAUGCACGACGACAAUGAAAGAUUUCGUCUCAACCGAAACGAUACUGUGGCAAAGCAGCUGUCCGCAGAGUCAAACAAUAAUUCACUGGACAGAGCAAACGGGUCUGCUAGUGGUGACAUGGGUGGUCAGGAGGAAGAGGACUCUCCUCAGCUGCUGAGGACCAGAAGUGAUGCUUCCUUCAUGCAGGUUCAGAGAAGGUCAAAGACACACACUGCCAGAGACCUGCAGCGCUUGCGCACACACAGAUUCUCAAUCAACGGACACUUCUAUAACCACAAGACAUCUGUAUUUACUCCAGCAUAUGGUUCAGUCACUAACGUAAGAGUCAACAGCUCCAUGACAACUGUACAAGUCCUCAACCUGCUGUUGCACAAGUUUAGGGUGGAGAAUAAAUCUGAGGAGUUUGUACUUUAUAUGGUGCAUGAGUCUGGUGAAAGGACCCAACUGAGGGACGGUGAAUACCCGCUGGUGACUCGUGUGCUUUAUGGACCCUGUGAGAAAAUCUCCAAGAUCUUCAUCAUGGAAACUGACCUUGGAGAGGAAGUCACAUAUGAUGUUGCCCAGUACAUAAAGUUUGAAAUCCCAGUUUUGGACAGCUUUGUAGUGAAGCUCAAAGAGGAGGAGGAACGCGAGAUAAACAAAUUGACUAAAAAGUACAGCGCUUUAAAGUCUAUGAUCCAACAUCAGCUUGAAGGCAGAGGUCACACCAGCGACAGAGAAUGAGUGUGUCUGCAUACAUGACUGAUGUAAUCUUUGUGUGAGUUUGCGUGUCUGUGUGUGAGAGGGCAAGGGCUGGGUGCAACACUAAUGAUUGUUGAUUUACUAUGGGAACAUUUCCAAAUAAAGAACUUCAGUAGUGAAUGUAGGGGAGAAGGUAAAAGGGUAAAAGUAAAGGCUGCAGUAGAACCAUAAAAGCGCUGAUGUGCUUCAACUUUUACACUUACAUAUCUCAACAGUUUGUAUGAUCUCCUCUGUUAAUGUUAUUACUAUGAAGUGUUUCACUGCUUUGAUAUCUCUUCUAUUAAUAUAUUCACAUUUUGUAUAUGAACGUUUUUACUGCAACUAUGGAUAUUUAUACCAGCUGUUUUUUUGUAAAGUUUUCUCUGGACCUUUUUAUGUAAUAAAUCAA